UGGUGCUUAGGACUCCAUAGUGCUUGUGUUUCUAGGCAACAGCAACUAAUGUGAAAGGUUUUUUAUUCUUUAAAAAAAAAGGAUUUAAAAACACUUGGGCCACAGCAAUUUAUUUUGUUGGAAACUAGAGAAGGUAGCACUGCUGAAUCGCCUCAAACUGUACUCCAACCUGACUGAAGCAUCUUCAGAGCACAGAGGUCAUGCUGCUGCUGGAGGUGCUCACCAUGGGCCACACUGUAACCGACAUGGUGUCAGACGGUGUUACUUUACUGCUUGUUCUUCUCCUGUUGCUCCUCUUCACCACUUGGGAGCGGAGACAUUUGUCACACAUACCAGGUCCGUCCUUCCUAGCAGGACUCGGCCCAAUUGCCUCCUAUGCCAGGUUUAUCUGGACAGGCAUAGGAACAGCAAGCAACUACUACAAUAACAAAUAUGGCAGCAUUGUGAGAGUGUGGAUUGACGGGGAGGAGACUCUCGUUAUAAGCAGGUCUUCUGCAGUCUAUCAUGUUCUGAGGAGCACCCACUACAUAGCUCGAUUUGGGAACAAAAAUGGUCUGGCGUGUAUUGGGAUGGAAGGGAGAGGGAUCAUUUUUAACAGCGAUGUGGAACUCUGGAAAAAAAUGAGGACUUAUUUCUCUAAAGCCCUGACAGGACCCAGUCUGAAGAAGACCGUGUCUAUCUGCAUGAGCGCCACAUCAGAACAUCUGGAUCACCUCCACGAUAUGACAGAUCCAUCCGGACAUGUGGACGCUCUCAAUUUGCUGAGAGCCAUAGUGGUGGAUAUCUCCAACAAAUUAUUUCUUAGAGUGCCUCUCAAUGAGAAGGACUUGCUGGUGAAAAUCCAAAACUAUUUUGAGACAUGGCAAGCAGUUCUGAUUAAGCCCAAUAUAUUCUUCAAAAUUGGUUGGCUUUAUGACAAACAUAAAACAGCCGCCCAGGAGCUACAGGAUGCGAUGGAGACGCUCCUUGAGCUCAAAAGAAACACACUCAAAGCAACAGAGAAGCUGGAUGAUGAGCUCGACUUUGCGACGGAGCUCAUCUUCGCCCAGAACCAAGGGGAGCUCUCCGGCGACAAUGUGAGGCAAUGCGUACUGGAGAUGGUGAUCGCAGCUCCGGACACUCUCUCCAUCAGCCUCUUCUUCAUGCUGAUGCUGCUGAAACAGAACCCAGCCACAGAGCAGACCCUUGUGGAGGAGAUCAACUCUGUCAUCAGUGAACGUGGAGUUGAAAAUGUCGAUUUUGCACGUCUGAAAGUUCUGGAGGUUUUCAUCAACGAGUCCCUAAGGUUUCAUCCUGUGGUUGAUUUCACCAUGCGAAAAGCUCUGGAAGACGACAUCAUUGACGGCGUCAGCAUCAAAAAAGGAACCAACAUCAUUCUGAAUAUCGGACUCAUGCAUAAGACUGAAUUUUUCCCAAAUCCCAAAGAGUUCAACCUCCACAAUUUUAACAAAACAGUUCCCAAACGUUUCUUCCAGCCGUUCGGUUGCGGGCCUCGCUCCUGCGUUGGCAAGCACAUCGCCAUGGUGAUGAUGAAAGCCAUCCUGGUCACGCUCCUAUCUCGUUUCACCGUGUGUCCUCGCCGAGGCUGCACCAUCAGCAGCAUCAGGCAGACCAACAACCUGUCUCAGCAGCCGGUGGGGGACGAGCGCAGCCGGGCCAUGCGUUUUAUCCCUACAACACAACAGUCAUGCAUGUGUCACAUGACACCGUCAGCUCAAGCUACCAGUUAGGGUGAGGACAGCAUUAAAAUCACUCCAUAUUUGGUUUAAUUGGCUACCCUUGCUGAAGUCCAUAUGUCAAAACAUUGUAAAUAAUUGUCUCUUUGUACUUGUAUCACCUUGUGGGGAAAGGUAAAUAUUGCCUAACAAUCAAUCAAUAAAGUAACCAUGUGUUAACAUUCAAUCAGACACUGAAAUAAAUAUUAACUUGCAACAGGGCUGCAGCACCAGCAAAGCUAAAACUAAAAGUAAAAACAAAAAACUAAAAGUAAAUCAAAAAGAGGCAGGUUAGAAAAAUGUUGGCAACUUCAAUAAAAUUAUAAUUAAAAAAAAAAAGUGUUUUUUGUAUGCAAAAGUAUCAAACCAUAACACAAAUGCAUUGUAAUUUUGUAUAUCAUUGGACCCCCUAAUUAUAAUUUAGGUAAUUUAUACCCCAUUUAAAUAUUUAACAAUUACAUUGAACAGCACUGUUAACUGAAAAUGACUAAAUAUGUAAGAUGACUGUUAUUAGUUAAUACACAUCAACUCCAAUCAUGAUAAAGAUGACAUGGUGAAUUUAUUGGAGUUAGUAGAAUCAUAGUGCAUCAAGCAUAUUACUUAACUCUGUACCACAGGCACAAAUAAAACACCUUGGCUUUAGAACAUAAGGCAUAGGUUUAGGUUUUGCUUGUCCUUUUUCCCCUCCAUCUGACAAACAGUACUGUAACGCUUGUUAAUUCAAAUCAAACUCAUAAAAAAUAUUUUUACUAAGAAUAUAAAGCCAAUAAAUAUGCAUAUUCAAGAUUGCAUGAAUACAAAAAAAAUAUAUUGUAUUAGCUACAAUCCGCCUCUCACCAAAAUGACUACCGGAAAGAUGAAUGCAUAGAUGGCCACAUGAGAAAGAGAUGAUGGAGAGGAAGAUUCAUCGCCAUAAUUAAGACUUUUAACGUACUCUUACUUAUAAAUAUCAGCUUUACAAUGAGAUAGUGUUGGGUAUUCCCUCAAAUACUGCAGCAUAUUUUAUGACAAACACAUAUUAAAUCUUCAAUAAUUUUUCAGCAUUUUCUGCUAGCCAGCUAAUGCGAGCAUAUUUUUUUUCUUUUCAAGUAUUCAGCAUUGAUGUAUUGAUCAACUCAGACUAAAAAUAGCAACACUGUAAGACAUACUGAAUGAACAAUGUCAUUGCCUCGAGAAUGAUCAAAUCCCUAUGAAGCCCUGUCAGAAAUUUAAGACAUUUGUGUUAUUUUGACGAUUUCAAUCUUUGGGUCCAGAGCUUAAGCGUGCGUUUUCUCUUCA